CGCGCUCAUUGUGCGCCCGGUGCCGAGUCCCGCCGUGACGCCUCGUUCCGCGCCCGGUGCCGAGUCCCGCCGUGACGCGCUCAUUGUGCGCCCGGUGCCGAGCCCCGCCGUGACGCGCUCGUUGCGCGCCCGGUGCCGAGCCCCGCCGUGACGCCUCGUUGCGCGCCCGGUGCCGAGUCCCGCCGUGACGCCUCGUUACGCGCCCGGUGCCGAGCCCCGCCGUGACGCGCUCGUUGCGCGCCCGGUGCCGAGCCCCGCCGUGACGCGCUCGUUGCGCGCCCGGCCGUGCGGCGCCCAGGGGCCGGGACUCCCCAUGAGCCGCCGCCGCCGCCUCCUCUGCGACGCGUUCGCGGCGAAGCGGAACCGCGCGGAGGCGCCGCGGGGGCAGCUGACGCCCGACGGCAGCGAGGAGGUGGCGGAGCAUGAGGGGAGCUGGCGGGGGCCGUCCCUCGGAGCACCCCCCGCAGGCAGCGCCGGCGCCGUGGAGGCCGCGCUGCGGGACGUGGCCGCUCUGUUCCCGCGGCGGCUUUUUGGGGACUCUUUGCCCCCCCUGGUCCUGCGCCAUCAGCUCUACAGCCUCGUCAGCGACCGCACCGCCGUGGAUCGGCACCUGGUGAGGCUCUGCCGGGCACAGGCAAAGGGUCCAUCCCCUCCCCCAAAGUCACGCCUUGACCCCCCCCCCCCCCAGAACCGCCUGAGAGAUGAGGGUCACAUCCGGCUGCUGCACCUGGGCCUGGGCACGGACACGCUGGCCAUCGUCUUCAUGGAGCCCUACAGGGAGAAGGUGCUGGCGGCAGUGGAUGGGACCCCCCGGGCAGGGCUAGUGCGGAGGUUCCUGGAUUCGGCUGUGGCCACUUGCCCCGACCUCAGCUACGAGCUGAGCCACGUGCAGGACUUGGGCUUCGGGGAUGCUGAUGUCACGCAGCUGGUGGGUGCGGGGGUGCUGACGGUACGCGAUGCUGGGAGCUGGUGGCUGGCGGUGCCCGGGGUCGGCCGCUUCGUCCGGGCCUUUGUCCAUGGGCGCCGGGCACUGCUGGGCUUGGUGCGGCGCUCCCGGCACCGGGAGGUGCCGCUGUGGGAGCUGCGGGAGCGAAGGCCCCCUCCGGGAGCUCGACUGGGGGUCCGGUACCUCCUGCACGACCUGCUCGGGGCUCAGCUGCUGCGCAGCGUCCCCACGCCCUCGGGGCCGAUGCUGCGGUUGGCUGAGCCGUGACCGGGAGCUCCCCCGCACCCAGCGGGGCCCGCACAGAGCGGGGGCACGGCCCACGCCGGCCGCAGCCUCUGCGGGCGGAGCUGAGGUGACCGAUCCCCGCCUUCAGGACCAAGGCGGGUGAGACCCACCGGCCGGGGUUUCCCCUGCUCGCUGCUGGAUGCAAGAAGUGGGGAGGGGGUGUCAAAAGUGCAAUAAAUGCUUGGUUUCCGAAAAAA